AUGUACUUUGUCACCGAUCCUGCGCUCGAAGAGAUUCAAGCACGUCUAAAUACCCCUCGGGUUCAAGCUGUCACCAGGGCUAGCAGAAUUCCUGGGUUCAGGACGCCUGUUUACAUGGUUACGGGUCUUAUGAUUGCGAAAGGACUCACCGUUGACAUGGAAAAUAACAAGCGCCGCAAUGGAGAGAUUGAGAUAAGCGGAAAUGCUCCUUCGCCGAUUGCUCAGGUUGGGGCUGGGGUUAAUCUGGCCAAAUCUACCAACGCCGAAGAAGCGGAUAAUUGGCGGGCGGGUGAGGAUGUUGUGUUCGCAUACCAGCUUCUUAAAAUAGAGGUCAAGGGCUGGAAAGGGGAUAAGGUUGAAUACGAUGAGCUGAAACACAAAGUUGCCUACCUGAAUCAGGAUGAUGAAGAGGAGACGGACGAGGAGAAGGAUGGUGUGGAAGUGGUCCUCAUUAGCCCGGCGAACACGGACACUUUGCACAGCGAUCAUGACAUAGGGCACAUGACUGUGACAGAGGUUGGAGAAGGAGAAACUCGGUUCAGAUGUAUUUCUUCAACACGAAAGUAG